AUGGGUGCUAUGCGUGUGUUUCUUGACGGCGGUGCUGGGCCGGACGGUAAGGCAUAUGCCUGGCUCGCGAUUCUGACGGCCGUCAUCUUCACUACGGGCCAUGUCUCGGAUCUGGAGGAUUUGCAGGGCGAUAAGGAGAGUGCACGGAAUACCGUGCCUGUGCUCUGUGGCGAGCGGGUUGCGAGUCUUUGGGAAGGUCGCACCGGGCGAACGCGAGCUUACUAUUCCAAUAGCGAUGGCGCUUAUGUCUUUUCAGCACAAACAAUCAUCGACAAGGCUCUCCAAGACGACAGCACAGAUCAACGUCAGAGAAGACCUGCAGUCUGUGUCAUUGAAAACAUCAGCCCUCAAUGGACUCAAGUCAUCGGUGAAGCUUGGAACAUAGCACCAGACUUCUUCCUUGCUCACGCCAACAAUCCCUCGAAAGAAAAUCUAUGGAAUAAUCUUUUCAAUCAUGUACCAGACGAGAUGCAUUCUCCGACGGCUGAGAAUCCAAGCUCUGUCCACAUUACGGGCGUCUUCGAAUAUCCGUAUUGGCACAUCAGGAAGGGCAGACGACUAGAGUCGAGCCCGGGUCACUUCAGAAGGCAUUGUUGGGAAGGUCCCGACCCGUAUCCAGUCGCUUCAAACACUCGAAUCUCAUACUCUCGCUUCUUAGAUCGUGAGAUCAAGCGCAUCAGUUUCAAUGAUUUGCGGCAACCCAGCAUGAAGAUCAACUCUCAGCUUCACGACCGCCGUGAAGAUCUUGUCAUACUUAAAGACUUCGUCUUGGAAAGCGAAAAAUGGAUGCCUGAAUCCGUGCCUAUGUGGCACGAUUCUGCUUGGUCAAAUGAAUCAUUUCCUCGAAAUUCAUUCAACGAAAUUAUAAAGGGGGCGGAUACUCUGUCACAGUUUCUCAUGGACAGCUUCCAGUUGCUGAUGAGCACAGUGAGCACUCAAGAUUCACAUACAAGCCUAGAACAAGCUAGGCGUGGCGCAAGACUCACGCAGCUUGCUUUUAUUUACGUGCCUCUGAGUUUCGUGACAGGUAUUUUCGGUAUGAAUUUGAAAGAGAUCAAUAGCAGUCUGCUGAGUGCCUGGGUCACUGUUGUUACACUGGCAAUUGUAGCAGUAUGUACUACGGCGGUCCUCUGGCUUCUCGACUUGAUUAGGAGGCGUAAACAAAUGGUGAAUCAGCAUCUAGAAAGGUACACCGAAGAGUAUUGGUUUAGAUACGGCCAAGACUCGGGUAUGAAUCCGAAAGUCUCACUGAAAAGUCUAGCAACGAUGGAUAAUGAAUACUCAACCACUGUACGAUCAUUGUCUCCCAAGGUUUCAAGCAAUACCACGGAGAUGACAAGAAUGCAGUGA